UGUUCUGCCUCAACCAACUCUUCCUUCAGCAUUUCUGCUACUCUUCUACAGAGCUUCUUCACCACCACAGCCCAUUAUCAACAUGGCCCUCUGGCUACAAGCUGCGUCUCUGCUGGUGCUGCUGGCCCUCUCCCCUGGGGCAGAGGCUGCAGCUGCCCAGCACCUGUGUGGCUCUCACCUGGUGGACGCCCUCUAUCUGGUGUGUGGAGAGAAAGGAUUCUUUUACAAUCCAAAGAGAGAUGUGGAUCUCCUAACAGGGUUUCGCUCUCCAAAAUCGGCCCAGGAGAACGAGGUUGCCGAGUACCCCUUCAAAGACCAGAUGGACAUGAUGGUAAAGAGAGGUAUUGUAGAGCAGUGCUGUCACAAGCCCUGCAACAUCUUCGACCUGCAGAACUACUGCAACUGAGGCCUGUCACAGCGCUUCGCCUGCUCUUCCCUCUGCCAAGCUCCACUGCUCAGAGGCAGCAUCCCCAUCUUAGAGAUCUGCUUCAAGUGCAAACAAGAAAUGGCUUUAGACAUGUUUUAUUUUUCCUAGAAAAUAAAGUUCUAUGACAUGA